UUUGCUGUUUCUGAUUGUAUUACGUUUUCUGACCGGUUAUAGUCCUGCCUAAAAAAAUGUAGAAUCUUUUAAGCAAGUAACCAACCCAUGCCGCUUGUUCUUCGUCAUCUUUAAUCUUUCUGUUUCUGGUUGGGUUUCAUGACUGUGUAAGAUUAAGAAGUUACACAGAAAUAUACUGCAACAAACUCAUAUAAUAUUUUUGUUAGGUAUGACCGAAUCCAGCGGGAAAAUUCGGGAGCGAUGGACCUACGAUGUGUUCUUGAAUUUCCGGGGACCAGACAUGCGCAACGGGUUCAUGGGCCAUCUCUAUAAGAGUCUAGUAAGAUCAGGAAUCUACCCAUUCAAGGACGACGAAGAAAUAGAAAGAGGAGAAGACAUUUCCCCGAAGCUGUUGAAGGCCAUUGAAAAUUCCAAGAUUCACCUUGUCGUUCUAUCCAAGAACUAUGCUUCAUCACGUUGGUGCCUUGAUGAACUUGUACACAUUAUGCAAUGCCGCGAAAGGGAGGCCGGACAUAUGUUACUCCCAAUUUUCUAUGACGUUGACCCAGCAGAUGUUCGCGUUCAAAUAGGAUCAUUUGCUGAAGCCUUUGAUAAACACCGAAGCCGUUACACAGAGAGCAAGGUGCAGACGUGGAAGGAAACUUUAGCCUCAGUUGCACAUUUGCGUGGAUAUCUUUACUGGGGUAAGGAUGCAGAACUAAUCAACAUUAUUACUAGAGACAUUCUCCAAAGGCUGCCUAGUUCGUACUUGCAUUUACCAACAUAUGGCGUUGGUAUUAAAUCACGUGUACGCCGUAUCAACGAGUUUAUGUGCUUUGAUUCGGAUGAUGUCCAGAUUAUCGGAAUCUGCGGGAUGGGUGGGAUCGGUAAAACGACCCUAGCCAAAGCUGCAUAUAAUGAAUACUCACAUAGUUUCGAAGGAACAAGUUUCCUAGAGAACUUUGGAGAAUGCUUCAAGAAACCUCAAGGGAAGGUUCAUCUUCAACAGAAACUUCUUUCUGAUAUCUUAAGGAGGCAUGACAUAGUCUUCAACAACAUGGAUCAUGCAAUGAAGCACAGAUUCCGGAACAAAAUGGUACUUGUUGUACUCGAUAAUGUUGAAGACAUUAAGCAGCUUAACUCAACCGCAAUAGAUUGGAGCUGCUUUGGGCCAGGAAGCAGGAUAAUCAUCACAAGCAGAAACAAGCAUUUGUUAGGGCAGCUCGGGGUAGUAAAUAUAUACUCACCAGAUGCACUUAAUGGUAAAGAAUCUCUUGAACUCGUAAGCUGGCAUUCCUUUAGAACGAGAAAACCUCCAGUAGAUUUUCGUCAGCUGUCGGAAAAGGUUGUUGAAUACUGUGGAGGACUACCCUUGGCUUUGGAAGUCUUGGGUGCUUUUCUAUUCAAGAGAAGCAUCUCCGAGUGGAGAAGCACAUUGGAAUUGUUGAAACAAACUCCCAAUGCUGACAUUCAAGCAAAACUUCGGAUCAGCUUUGAUGCCCUAGACCCAGAACAAAAAGAUAUAUUCUUGGAUAUUUCUUGCUUCUUCAUUGGGAUGGAUAAAGACUACGUGAAUUACAUAUUGGAUGGAUGCAAGUUAUAUCCUGACAUAGGACUCGCUGUGCUGAAGGAGAGAUUUCUUGUCACAGUCCGUGAUAACAGGUUGGUGAUGCAUGGCUUACUACGAGAAAUGGGAAGAAAUAUUGUCCGAGGAACAUCUCGGAAUAACUGUGAAAGAUGGAGUAGAUUGUGGGAUCCUGACGAUUCUAUUCAUGUAUUGACAAACAAUUCUGUAAGGAACAAUAGUCUUUGUGCGUUUAUUUGUAUCAACCAAAAUUAUAAGGUAGAUAUAUGGUAUAACAUAAUAAAAUUAAUUUUUUCUCAAUGUAAAGGGUACAGAUGUAAUUGA